GCUUCAAUUUCAGACCAAAGCCCCAUAUCCUUUUGUUACAUAUAUUUCAUCUUUCUCUCUCGUCUCCCUCUCUAGUCUCUUCUCUCAUCGGAAGUGAAGAAGAUGGAUAUGUACAAAGAUGAUAGCUCACCAUACUGUUAUUUCCAUCCAAAAGAAGAAUAUGUUGGAGUUUGUCCACUCUGUUUGAAUGAGAGGCUUCUUGUUUUAGCUUCAAAACAGAGAUCAUCAAGAACUAAACACUCUUCCUCUUCACCAAUCAUCAGCCUCCCCAAGAUCUUCGCCUUGAGCUCCCUCCUCAGUCGCCUCGAUCUCCGUCACCGUAAAUUCCAUCCCUCCUCCGAUCUUGACGUCUCCACAAGCCAAGAAGAUUCUUUCAUAUCAAUAAAAUUCGAAAACAAUGGAAACGCGUCGUGGGAGAAGAAAGCAGUAGUGACAACAAAGGUUUGUGUAGACAACACAACAAACCCAACAUGCAAGAAGCAGCAAUCCCCUAUAACGAGCAGCACCAGUAUCGUAGAGCACACCACUGCCAAGUCAUCGCUUAGGUGGCGCAAGCGGAUUGGUCAUCUCUUCCACGUUAUCAAACUCAGGUCAGGAUCGUCCACCACUUCUUGUCACGUGGCAUCAUCCAAGGUCGAAGGAGCCAAAGUGAGGAAACAGGGUUGGAUGGUGAGGACCUUAACCAGAAGAAAAUCCAGGAAAAGUAAAAGUUGAUGAUUUUUUUAUGUCAUAUAUAACUAAUUAUUACAUUUAAAAAAAACAAAUACUUUUCUAUAUAUUUUUUGUAGUUUACUAUUUUGGUUUGGUCGUUUUUUCAAUGAUUGAUGCUUCUGUUCGAAGAAGAAUUAUGUGAAAGUAUUUUCUUUUGUAAAUAAUGACAAUACAUGGUUUGAAUCGAUUGCAUCCAUAACUAAA